AUGGAUAAUGAACAAAUUAAACCGGAUAAUGGGCAAAUUUAUCCUGAUAAUGAGCAAAUAUCAAAGUUAAGCUCAUCCUACGUAAGGUUAAUUGGGAUCUUUACGGGGAUGGGAUUUAGCCUGAAUAUCAUAAUCGGUAGUGGCAUUUUUGUAACACCCGGCGACGUUUGGAGGCUAACGGGAUCGCCAAUUGUUAGUCUUGUCUUUAUGAUUUUGGGCGGACUAAUUAGCUUCCUCGGUUGUCUGAUUUAUGCUGAGCUGGGCUCUAUGCUUCCUAGAGGAGCGGGGGAGCUCCGCUACCUCGAGGAGGCCUUCCCAAACCAUCGGAGCAUUAUUGCACACACGUUUUCUUAUGCCAUGUUAACUGAAAUUCGAUUACUAUCAGUGGCCACCUUGUUUAUUAUUACUCUAUAUAAUGCUGCUAAUAAUAAAUUAGCAGUUCAUGUAAAUCAAACACUUGCCAUAUUCAAAGUUAUGGCAAUGUUUUCUUUCGCUGUUGCAGGAAUAAUAAUUGGCUCAAACAGAUAUCAAGGGACAAAUGCGUUUCAUAGCACAAUAAAUAGGAAUAUUACUCCUGUAGAACAAAUUGGAAGCUAUGCUGAUGCUAUGAUAAAGAUUUCGUAUAUUAUGGUUGUAAAUCCUGACGAUGCUACCAUUAAUCAUGAUGGUGAUGCCAGCCGUGUGAUUGCCGUAUUUUUUGGCGAUAAUCUUGAUAAAAAUAUAGGCAGAAAACUUAUUUCUGCCUUUAUUUCAAUUUCAUCCUUCGGCGCCGUUAGUUCAAUGUGCUUCACUGGGGCUCGAAUUAUCGUUUACUCUUCACAAUCGAAGUUCAUACCUAAAUAUUUUGCUGAGUGGAGUUUAUGGUUUGUUCCUAAAUAUUUUGCCAAAUGGAGUUUCUUAUUUAACACACCGACGAGAGCCCUAUUUGCACAGUUUAUUUAUUGUGCGAUUUUGAUUAUGUUCUUUCCAACAAGUAAGCAUUAA